UCUAUCAACAGCUGCCUGCUCGCACGCACCAUGCUUCUUUUUUUUUCUCCCAGCGUUGAGAUGAGGCUCGCGGCGGGUGCAGCAACUGGUGGUGUAUCCCGUUAGCGCCGCCCUUUUCCAACGACUGCCCUUCGUAUCCAACUUACCCCGCCCUCGCCCAAAGAAAAUCCUCCUCUUCCAUACUUCCACCGCCCAAAAAGUCAUCUUCCACUACUCCCUCCACAACACACAACUCCUUCAACCGAUUACCACCACUCUACAUCAUCAAAAUGGGUUUCACUGAUCUCGCUGCCGAGGCUGGCCUCUCUGCCCUUAACAGCUGGUUGACCACCAGGAGCUACGUCGUUGGAUACACCCCUUCCCAGGGAGAUGUGACCAUCUACAAGGCUAUCUCCAGCGCCCCCGACUCGGCCAAGUACCCCAACGCCGCGCGCUGGUACAAGAACAUCCACUCGUACGAGACCGACUUCGAGACGCUCCCCGGAGAGCAGUCUACCGACAUCUCCCAGUACGGACCCGAGGUCGUCGAGAACACCGUCAACCCUGCCGCCGCCCCCGAGAAGGUCGAGGAGGAAGAUGACGAUGAUGAGGUCGACCUGUUCGGCUCUGACGAUGAGGAUGAGGACAAGGAGAAGGAGGCGCUGGCCGCUAAGCGGUUGGAGGAGUACAGGGCCAAGAAGGCGCUGAAGCCCAAGACUAUUGCCAAGUCGGUCGUCACGCUCGAUGUCAAGCCGUGGGAUGACGAGACAAACAUGGACGAGCUGGUUGCCAACGUCAAGGCCAUCGAGAAGGACGGUCUCGUUUGGGGAGCCCACACUCUGGUCGCCGUCGGUUACGGUAUCAAGAAGCUGCAGAUCAACCUUGUCGUCGAGGACGAGAAGAUCUCUCUCGACGAGCUGCAGCAGCAGAUCGAGGAGGACGAGGACCACGUCCAGUCCACCGAUAUCGCCGCAAUGCAGAAGUUGUAAACUGUCCGCGGGUAGCGAAUGAGGUACAUGAUUUGGGAUUGGUUGGGGCUUCUUGAACGGCGCAAAAUAAUGAUCGCGGCUUGAAGGGGGAAAUUUGGGAAAAAGUUAGAAUCGGGUGACCUUUUUUCUCCCUACUUACGUACUGUGGUCGUGUGCUGGGCUCUAUGAAACCGAAUCGCGAAACAACGUGAAGCCUUGUAACUACACCCUCACGAUCUCCUAGUUCUAGGCAAUCGCACCGCCAUCUUUCCAAC